AUGCCGGGGGACGUCGCGACCUCGCCGGCGCCGGCGCCGCCGUCCGUGUCCUCGUCGUCGCAGAACGACCACCAUCACGGCCCCACCACCGCCCGCGGCCUCCUCUGCCACGCCGUCGCCGGCGCCUCCGCUGGUGUGGUGGCGGCGACCUUCGUGUGCCCGCUCGAUGUCAUCAAGACCAGGUUCCAGGUACACGGCUGGCCCAAGCUUGCCACAGGCACGAUUGGAGGUAGUGUAAUUAUUGGGAGCUUACAACAGAUUGCUCAACGGGAAGGUUUUCGGGGAAUGUAUCGUGGCCUCUCCCCAACUGUUCUUGCGCUCUUGCCAAACUGGGCGGUCUACUUUACUGUCUAUGAGCAACUUAAAAGCUUACUUUCUUCCAAUGAUGGAAGUCAUCAACUUUCUUUAGGGGCAAAUGUUGUUGCUGCAUCAUGUGCUGGAGCUGCAACAACUAUUGUAACAAAUCCACUUUGGGUUGUGAAGACAAGAUUUCAGACCCAAGGAAUAAGAGCCGGGUCAAUCCCGUAUAAAGGUACACUUGCUGCCUUGAGAAGAAUAGCACAUGAAGAAGGCAUCCGAGGACUAUACAGUGGUCUGGUCCCUGCCUUGGCUGGUAUCAGUCAUGUUGCUAUUCAGUUCCCUGCAUACGAGAAGAUAAAAGCUUAUCUGGCUGAGCGAGAUAAUACUACUGUAGAAGCAUUGAGUUUUGGUGAUGUCGCUGUUGCUUCGUCUCUGGCUAAAGUAGCUGCAUCAACAUUGACAUAUCCUCAUGAGGUUGUUCGAUCAAGGCUGCAAGACCAGCGAGCACACUCUGAUGCUAGAUACAAAGGUGUAAUAGACUGCAUCAGAAAGGUUUAUCAUAAAGAGGGUGUGGCUGGCUUCUACCGUGGAUGUGCCACAAAUCUGUUGCGGACGACCCCUGCCGCAGUGAUAACUUUCACAAGCUUCGAGAUGAUCCACAGGGUCCUUCUUGAUCUAUUCCCUGCUGAACCUGAACCACACAUCCAACCUCUAAAGCAUUGA